AUGCGUUCUAUAGGUUUAUCUGGUGAUAUACAUUUUGACGACGAUGAAAUCUGGACUAUAAACGGGGAACAAGACACCACAGAUUACACCUGGACAGCUCUACAUGAAAUUGGUCAUGCGUUGGGAUUACGUCAUUCUCGCGAGCAAGACGCUAUUAUGUGGCCAUGGUUUACAGGAUAUAAGGCCGAUACGAGGUUGACGCAGGAUGAUAUUAAUGGGAUUCAGGCUAUUUAUGGUGAGGCUAACAUAAAUCACAUGAAGUUUUGUUGGAAAAUGUAACUAGCUCCAGAGGAGUAAUGAAAAUUUUCUGUAGAUGGGGUUUUAAUGACUUCAAUGGUUUCAGUUUUAUCAGUUAAAGACGAGACGUCCAAAAUGUUGAUAAAACAAUUUCUGGAUUUUUCACGUAGUUGCAUUCUUCAUACAUUUGUGAAUAUUAUCAUAUCAGUUUGAAAACCCAACGAACUGCAGGUUAUUCUUUGAUAAAAUUUUAACCACUGAUCUGUUAAACUUUCUAAAGAGUUGGCUAGAACAUUCACAAUAACUAGCUUCUGUCUUUUGUUCUUAAAAUCUUGGUGUCUAGUUUGCAAACUAACAUGCCUAAAGGCUAGAACUGUUACGCCCGUUCAAUCGAAUCGAUCUCCAAUAAAUAAUUUUCCACUGGCAGAAUUCGCGGGAAAAACAAAAGCAAUGUGGCGGUCCUAAAUCAGAGAAGACUUCAUAAGUUGAUUAUUUUAAGGCGAAUAUUUAGAAGAGAAAAGUACAAAAACAGAUUCUGGAUGCGAGAAAUGAAACAAAGAAAUGAAAUCUGAGUAAUCUGAUUGAUCUCUAACAACUACGUGAGCUAACGGUCGCGCGAGUUCGCCUGGAAAGUUGAAAAUAUUUCAACUUCAAUCGCGUGUCUGCGAGCACCAGAGCGAACGUAAACUCGUACACAAGAAACCUGCUGCGUAUGCCCAAACGAGAUCGCUUCAAACAUUUAGCUUCCACAAUGUAUCCCGGAUUGCAAAAAAUAUCGCGCAGAACAAUCAAUUCCAAAAUUAAAGGUUAUAUUUAAAUGAAAUUUAAGAAAACUACUUCUCAGCUAUCUCCUCCCAAAAAAUUAGGAUGUUGGCAAAGUAUUAACCAAUAUAAUGUGCUCAGCAAUAUAUUUUCGGUAAAUUGAGCUACAAAGGGAACCAGUUGUAUGAUAAUGACAUUAAUCCUGUUUCAACUGUCAUAAAAAUUAAGCCACACAAUACAGGAGCUUCAACAUGCCUGAGUUCGUAGGCGUUGACAGUAAGUCGACAAUGGAGUCCGCUAUAUUUGAAAUUUUGUCAGCAUCGAAGUAAUCAAAAGCACGCGACUUAUCGAUAAUAAAUUCUCUCUGACAGCAGAAUUUUUGCUAUGAAAGCAAACUCAGAGUGAUAUUGUACAUAUCUAUUAAAUUAGUUUCUCUUCACACUAAAAGAGUUGAGAAAAAUGGUCACAAGAACUAGGCAUAUAAAAAUCUACUUUUUCUCAUCCAUUUUUGCCAAAAACGUGCCCGCCCAGGAUACUUCCGUUACUUUCAUGCACAUGUUGAUUAGCGCGCGCGUGCUUGUUGCACCGCCAUAUAUAUAAGCGCCUUGCUUUAACCAUUUGUCAGAUUUUUAAUAUAAAAUUGUGCGACUUUUAGGUACAAUUUCCCAAUUUGUACAAAAUUAAGUGAACGAGUAUCUCUUCGGGUAAAAGUGGAUUCAUAAACAGAUGAACAGCGCGAAUAUACAAAAUCCACAGCUCCUUAUAUCACUUUCUUGUCUUUCAUUUUAGGUAAACCUACUUCAACUGUUGCGACAACUACCAAACCGAAGUCAUCCGUUUGUAAUGUCCGCAACUUUGAUGCCAUUUUUUACCACAGCGCUACACGAAAUACUUACUUUCUCAAGGGAAGAUAUGUCUGGGAGGUCAAUGAGAAAAGAAAACUUAACAAAGAAGAAUUGAUCUCCUCGAAAUGGCCAGGAUUGGAAUCAAACUUAGACUCAGCGUAUGUACGGCAAUCGGAUGGGGAAAUUGUUUUCUUCAAAGGAAACAGGUAUAUAUAUAACUAUAUUUUAUACAAGUAUAGCUAAAUGAUAUUUGGACAAUUUUAAUGAUUUAUGUAAUUUAAUGUAAAAGUGCGUUUAGGGCAAAAUUUUACACAGGAUGCGGUCAGUUUAGCUAGGCGGCCGUCCAACCGUCGUAUGGACGAUCAUUCUGAAUUUAUAGACGGCCACGUUUUAAUAGACACGGCCAUGGAAUUAAGGCCUAAGAAAAUGUUUUCUUUAAACAGCAACUCGCAAGCUUUGUUAUAGUUAUUUCUUUAAUACCUCGAAAGUUGUUAGCCGCUAGCUGUUUACUUGAUAUAGAUCUAUUGCAUGCGUUUCCUCGCUCUUUUGGCGCAAAGGCGCUGAAUUAUGAGCACACAACAAUUGAUUUCAAGCGCCAUGUCUUUUUUACUACGUCCACGGAAAUAGGUGGCCACACCCACGGUAUAUUUGGACGGCUUCGACAUUCUUCAUGGCGGCUAAUAAAAUGAUCUUUAUGAAGUUCUUGGGUCAUGAGCCUCACCCAAGGGCGCUUCAUUAUAUUAUCUCGUGAUGGAUCAGUUAAUUUUAGUAAAAUCGCAUUUAAUUUUUUUUUUAUCUCUUCAAAGAAUAUCACACAGAUCGACACCUAGAAAUCUGAUCCGUGCAGUUAAUGCAGCACUCGUUGUAAAAAUGCCUUUGGCUCAAAAUGAGUUUUUUGUAUACUAUUAAUCAAGACAAGAUUCUCUGAGACUCCAUUUUCGGAAAUUCCAUUCAUUUUAUAGGCCUUUAACUUAUUAACCGAAAUAUCAAAUAUUUCCAUAACUACAAGCAAUUGCCUGGCAUCAUAAGUUAGUCCAAUCACUGAUCUGAAAUAAGACUGGAUAACGCAUCUAUAGUAUACGAAAGUGAAGCCGGAAGUCACCGGCCGCCACCCGAUUCUGUGGCCCCACUUUUGUAUAGAUUUGUAUUACAGACGGUAGUUUUUCGCGUUUUUUGCCUUGGCUACGUUUCCGAUCGGCCCAAUUUUACAAUCACAACGAGAGAAGCAUACAAGAAGAGUUUUGAGCAAAAAAAUUGGAGUAUUAUGGCUUUAUGACGCCGCGAAACGGGAUUUACAACUCUGAAGGAGUGGAGAGCCUCAGACUUUGUUUAUCAGCACGAGCUUGUUUUGCUACUUUCAUACAAAAUCAACUCAAAAUAUACAAGAAUUAUUGUUACUGGACGAAUAUUCUCACGAAAUUUGAAGAAAUGAAGCAGCUACAUUGUGAACGAAAGCGUACAGAGGUUAGACUUUGUUUAUCGACACGAGCUCGUUUGCUACUUUCAUACAAAAUCAAUUUAAUUAAUAUAUAUAUAUAUAUAUAUAUAUAUAUAUAUAUAUAUAUAUAUAUAUAUAUAUAUAUAUAUAUAUAUAUAUAUAUAUAUAUAUAUAUAUAUAUAUAUAUACAGGAAUUAUUGUUUACUGGACGAAUAUUCUCAGGAAACUUGAAGAAACGAAGCAGCUACAUUGUGAACGAAAGCGUACUGAGGUUAGUUUUAAAAUACCUUGAGGCUACUUUUAUAAUUAUACGAAAUUAAUAAGGAACAGUUUUAAAUGUCAAUUUAGUCAAAAGCAUUCCUAGGCGACUUGUCGAAAAGUUUUUUUUUAAAGUAGGAAGACAAGUGACAAUGAAAUAUUUUUAAUCCAAAUUAUAAACAACGAUUCAAUGUUAUUUUAAUUCACAUAAUUAUGGAAGUAGCCUCGAGGUAUUUUAAAACUAAACCUCUGUACGCUUUCGUUCACAAUGUAGCUGCUUCAUUUCUUCAAAUUUCCUGAGAAUAUUCGUCCAGUAACAAUAAUUCUUGUAUAUUUUGAGUAUAUUUUGUAUGAAAGUAGCAAAACGAGCUCGUGUUGAUAAACAAAGUCUGAGGGUCUUUAUUCCUUCAGAGUUGUAAAUCCCGUUUCGCGGCGUUAUAAAGCCAUAAUACUCCAAUUUUUUUGCUCAAAACUCUUCUUGUAUGCUUCUCUCGUUGUGAUUGUAAAAUUGGGCCGAUCGGAAACGUAGCCAAGGCAAAAAACGCGAAAAACUACCGUCUGUAAUACAAAUCCAUACAAAAGUGGGACCCCAGAAUCGGGUGGCGGCCGGUGACUUCCGGCUUCACUUUCGUAUAGUAUAGAUGCGUUAUCCAGUCUUAUUUCAGAUCAGUGAGUCCAAUGCAUUCGAAUUCAUCCAGUAAAUCAUCCAAAAUGGCGGUUUAUUAUUUUUUUAUCAGAUAUUGGCGGUACCGUGGUAAAAGGAAAGUUGCGGGACCAACCGCAUUAUCGAGGUACAUUAAGAAUCACAGGAAGUUACGACUAACCAAAAUUGAUGCUGUUAUGGUCUGGAAGGGUGGUGUGGUAGAUCUGGUGUAUUUCUUUACUGGAAAUAACUUCUGGCGAUAUGAUAAUAAAAACAGAAAGAUUGUGAGAAAAAAAGGAUAUUCUCCAUACCCUAAAACGUCCUCAACAUAUUGGCACAACAUUCCGUUUCCAGUGGAUAGUAUCCUAACAUGGAAAAAUGACGAAACCUAUUUCUUUAAAAAUGGAAAUUCUCACAGAUACCGACAGAACAAGUCAACACGCCGGUACAAUGGAAAGGUUCAAAGGAAUCACUUCAUUAAAAGUUGCCGAGGAUAAGGAGAUUGCUGUUCAAAAACGUCAGUGGACUUAUAAUUUAUAGCUGGUAUACUUAUAUAGACCUAUGUGUUUGUCUUUUAUAUUAAAGUUAAAAACUUGCAAAGUGUGGGUUAAAUUAUGGGGAACAUAUAGUUUUAAAUAGAUUUGGUGCGACUGGAUAUACCGUAAUUCCUCUGCUUAACCCCAGCCUCUAUUUAACGCCCGUUUUUGAUAAACCCCAGACAAAAGUGCUGGAAAGAAAUAGGCCCACCCUUUAUUUAACCCCCAUCGUAAUCAAUGUCAAUAGAUCGAGACCUAGACGAAAUACGAACACCAUUAAAUUUCAGUGUAAAAAUUACAUUAUUAUUACAUUCAGUGUAAAAAUUUAAGAAAGCAAUACUUUGAAGGUCGACAGGGUUAUAUUGAUUUCCUGUUUUUGUUGAAAUUUACGAGGUGGCUAAACUCACUUAAUUAAUAAGUUUUUUAGACGUUCUCUGGUUUUAAAUAUUUAGUUAGUACGAGCUUUCGACUGCCUGCAGUCUUCAACGGGUAGAUUACGAUGAGAGUGUCAUGACAAUUACAACGGUUUACAAUUACAUAUAGAUACAAAAUGACAAAAAUGACAGUUCCGCCUACAUACAAGAUUAAUGAUGACUAAAAUUACAUGUAGAUAAUAAGGGUUUUUGCUAAGUAAAAAGCGAUAUUGUUUCGGUAAAAUAUUUUGAAUUGUUUUGAAUUACGUAUACAUACUACUUGAGAAAAUAAAACCCAUGGAGGGGGCUAAAUAGAGGAAGUACGGUAGUUAUAGGCUUUCGACUAGUGGAGCUGGUUAUUCAAAGAUAAUCGAUCGAUUAACUGAAGGUACUAGACUCUCGGUUAAAAACAGCUCGCUUUUUACUAUAUCUGUCAUGUUUAUUUCAAAAUUUUAGUGAUAUAAUUUUAUUCAAUACUGCAUGACAAUACAGAUAUGUCUUGUUGGACGCUGAAAGAAAUACUAUUUCCUUUAAUUAAAAUUUCGUUUUCCAAAAAAGAUGCGUUCAAAAACACACAAGUAAAAGCAGUGAAAGUCUUUAUAAACCAGCUCCUCCAUAGAUAGAAUAGUUCUCCAACAGUCUUUAAUAGUUAUAGGAAAUAUUGGGUGCAAUAUAUAGCAACUACAAUAGUUUUCAAUAGGUUUGAAAACCUGAUUGUAUGGCUGUCUAACAGUUAUAAGUUUGUUGGCCACAAAAAUGUAAUGGGUGGUAUACAUAUAUAUAUAUAAUACAUUAAAAUAGGUUGCGUAUAGUAGUCAGUUAAAAACAAGAGAUUAAUUGUGUCGCAUAAUAGUUAAUAAUAUGAAAGUUUGAUAAAAUCGGUGUUUGCAUGCAAGUCUCAAUUAUAGAUCAAACCGCGGUAACAUGCAGGAGGCUACUUAAUGGGAUUGGCUUAUCAGUUUGAAGCCAGAUUUCCCAAACUGUCGGAUUUGGGUAAACCUAUGGAUUUCGAAACUCGCCUCGAUACGCUAUAUUUUGAGAUUUGCAGAUCUUGAAAAAAUGCUAAAUUGCGGAUGCGCCAAACAUUCUAGCCCGGUUUGUGGAUGUGGUCGGCUGGUUAGUUCUGACUUAAUCAUUUUAUUGCAUGCAUAUGCAUGUACUUCAGACCUUUAUGCAUUUCCAAAUCUAAUGCUAAUAUAUAUAUAUGAAUGAUCAAAUACUGUUAAAACGAGGCUGAUAUCUCAACGCAGCUUUCCUUUUCAUUCUCAUGCAUGGGAUUGGCUAAUUUGGAUGGUACUAUCUACCACCCCCAUCCCAUGGCCAGUCAGUAGAUAUUAAGCAGUUAGGGUUAACAUCUCAGUUAAACAUUCACUAUGACUUAGCUAGUGCAUGUGCUUUAAAGUAUCUGACUUAUUAUAUAUAUCAUCGAUCCACCUGAAAGAUUCUAUUCUUUCAGAACCAUCCUCAGAGAUACGAAACACCUGAAAGAUGUGAGCAUUUUUGUGAUUUUACUUUCUGAGCGCAGCAGCCAAAGUAGUCUCAAAGCGUUGUUACACGUGGCAAUUUUUGCUGCAACUUGCAACCCAACUUCUACAUGACACAUGCACAAUCAUGUUAUGUAAAAAUUCACGUAUUCGCAGUAACAUUGAGAGCAGGGGCGAAACUAGCCCCUUUUAAUUCGGAGGGUGUCUGCCAGAAUUGCCCUGCCAAAACAGAUGAUGCCCUGCAGCAAAUUUUUAUUUAUGGCCACUAUUUUUCCCAAAAAUGUCCGGACAUUAAAAAAAGGGUCAAAAAAUGUUUCCCAACAUAAACCAGUUAAAUUGAGGGUCAAAAAAUUUUUUCCAUACAAAUUCCUGUUAAAACAUGGGUGAAACCCUUAUUUUUGGACCAAUAUCUGUAAAAUUUAGAUCUAUAAAUUCUAUUCAAUUCCCUCUGAAAGCCCUGUAAGUUACUUCAUAACUCUACAUUCUAUCAUUUAAAAUCUGUGAUUGCCCUGCCAAUCCAGAUGAUUCGCCCUGCCAAUCCACAUGAUUCGUAUUUGGGGGUAUCACCCCCCCCCCAUACCCCCUCAAGUUUCGCCCCUGAUUGAGAGUAACAUUUUUCGCAAUUGCUCCUGGUUAGGUCUAAUAAAUUUAUAAGAUUUACACUCGAAAUUUCCUUUGACAUAACAUGCAUCUAUCUAUGUGUAAAACUGCGUUCCAUAUACAGCUAAUUCAAUUAAGGUUGAAUUAGCUGUAUGAGGAGCUCACACAGCUAAUUCAACCUUAAUUGAAUUAUAAAACUUUCAAAGUCAAAACCCUGGAUUUCUAUAAAACUUUCAAAGACAAAAUCCUGGAUUUCUAAGCGCAUAAAGCACGACGAAUUUGCCUAUACAAUCAGUGUAAUUCAUAGUUCCGUCUUCAGACACUCCGUAAUUACAGUUGUUACGUUCCACAAGACGUUUUAGUUUUGCGUAAAAAGCGAUUCAUAAUUUACGAAUGCCCGUAAUUUCUUCUUUUUUCUACUUUAUUUGCCCGUCUAACCCGGCAGAAUUCAUGUGAUUUUUAAACUUUUUAACGUUAAAGAAUGUUGUUUGUGAGCAUGUUUAUUUUACUCCUUUGGGAAUUAAAUUCACCAACCUCGUACCCAGGGUUUUUUCUCUUGGUGAGGGGAGAAUUUACCAUUGUAGACGCUGGUCACGUGAUCUGCUAAAAUCUAGCAGUUUUCCAAUUAACUAUCUUGGAUUCCUUUACGACAAUCAUACAAAAUGCUAAUUAUUUAAUCAUCUUGGAUUGCUAAUUAAAAAAUCUGCUAGAUUUUAGCAGAUCACGUGACCAGUGUCUACCAGGGUCUUUUCUCCCCUCGCCAAGAGGAAAGACCCUGGGUUACGAGGUUGUAAAUUCACUUGACGAUUAGCAUAAAUGCUAGACAUAUACUUGAUUUAUAGCAAAACAUAACAACUACAUAUAGCAUAUAGUGCUGACAUCCAUGCAUAAACCAUUUCAUAAUAAUACACACACUCAUUGUGCGUUUUGCGCUUAAAGGGGAGUAUGAUCAAAAUUUUUAUUCUCUUAAACCAAAGCUUAAACGAAAAUACUCGCAAAACUGUAUAAUAUGUUGUUUUGAAGAUUUGUUCUCAUACUUAGUUCUUGAGAUAUUUCGUUUGUUUGUAACCAUGUGACGUCAUCUACUCAAUUACAUAUAUAAUGAGAUAUCAGUAAUUGUUGCGGUGUAUCUUUGCUAUUUUUGAUCAAUUUAUUAAAAAACACAGUAUGCUUAAUGAUGGAGGUUAAAUUAACAAACGCGACGCAUCUUUCGAAAUAUUUUGAUAAAAAUAGCAAAGAUACACAACAAUUACUGAUAUCUCAUUAUAUAGGUAAUUGAGUAGAUGACGUCACAUGGUUACAAACAAAAUGAAAUAUCUCGAGAACUAAGCAUGAGAACCAAAAUCUUCAAAACAAGUUAUUAUAUAUAUUACUGGAGCGAGAACUCGAGUUUCGAAAGGUGAAGCUAGGAUGGCGGAAAUCGAAGAGCUAUUGGGCGGUCAGUUCCAGUUCCUUUUCUAUUAUUUUUGUCUGCGCGGUUAACAUGAAGCUGGAAAAUAGUGCGUGUGCCGACAUUUCGUAGUUUGACAUCGAUUUAAAGAAUAACACCAUGGUUUUAUGAACUGAAAACUUCUUUAUGAUAUUAAAUCUAUUUACGACCUCGAUCAUAGCUAUUCGGGACGUCAAUUUCCGUCAUCUUGGCUUUGCUUUUCUCAUAGGCCGAAUGAAUAAAUAAUUGACGUUCUUGAUACACAGCUAAAAACGCACAGGUUGUUCCAAGUUGAUGUCGACAGGCGUGAACAAUGUUGUGCGGCCAACUAUGAACAAAUUGUCAACCAUGUUGUUCCAAGUUGUUACAGUUGAACAAUGCUGUAACAACAUGUUGACAAUACUGUUCAUAGUGGGCCGCACAACCUUGUUCACGCCUGUUGAUAUCAACCUGGAACAAGUUGUCGAUUUUCUCAAUUUUUACGCGCCGUGUAGAGUUCACUGGUUGCAGGUUACUUCGUGUAACAUGGUGUAACAUGGUCUUUAGCUGACUUCUGAAAUAUUAUAAAUAUAACGAAUGUUCUUAAAAAGAAAGUGCAUUCACAAAUCGUAUUUUAUGUGCUAUUCCAAUUCUCGUUGGGCAGAUGUCGUGCAUCCAAUUGAGAAUACCUGUGCCAUGCAGUACUAACAGUCAUAUAUGUCAGGAUGGUAUAAAAAUGUUUAUGGUAUAAAGUUUUUCAUUCGUAGAAAUAUAUGUCUUUUUGACUUUUUCUCUUAGAUUUUGGCGAUACCGAGAGAACAGGAGAAUUGAAGGUCCAAUUGACUUAUCUAGGUAUAUCACCAACCAUCAAAGCUCAUUGCUAAGAUACGUUGGCGCUGUGAUGGUUUGGAAACCUACUGGUCAGACAUACAUUUUCACAGAUAACAUAUACUGGCGUUAUAACGAAGAGAAGCGGAUGGUGGAAACGUCGGGGUACCCGCGAAUUUCGACGAGCAUAUGGAGCGACAUCCCGUUUCCUGUAGACGAUGUAAUCACUUGGAAGUACGGCAAAACGUUUUUCUUUGUCGAUGGAAUGGUGUUUAGAUAUCGUCUGAAUAAAAAUACAAGAUACUUCGAAGGAAAGUUACGAAAAACACAUUUUAUUCGUGACUGUCGAGAGUGAUUGACUAUCCACUUUGACCGCAAACAUUAAAUAUUACUAUGAAAAUAAUACCCUUUUUCAGAAUGCCAUUUCACCCGGGUGAUUUACAAAUGGAUUCUAAGCUACCUAAUAAUUAUUCUAACAAACCACGAUGACAAUUGUUAACACAGUUUAUUGAUUGAUUAUUUGCGCACGAUAUUUAACUGAGCACAACGUCAGGUCAUGCAGU